GAGCAGCUGGUGGAUUCGAACUGCCAACCUUUUGAUUAGUAGAUGAGCUCUUAACCACCAGACACCAGGGCUCCUCCAACACAUUACUGCUCCCUAAAAAUUAAGGGAAGCACACUAUUCCUAGGAUUAUGUGAUUCCACUGGAGUCUUCAACCCUGGAAAGCAUUCAUUUUUUCCAUUUAAUCGGCAAACAUUUAUUGAGCUGUCUCUUUGCUGGACACCGAGCCAGGCCCCUGUCCUGUAGUAUCUUCCCUGGGGCCUGGACAUCCGUGCUUGGCCCAGGGGAGGCUUUCCAUGAGUGCUUGUUGAGUUUCCAGCCCCUCACAGCUCCCUGUGUGGCCUGAACUGGAUUCACACUGUAGACUUUAGCUUUUCAGCUUCCAAAUACCCUGGCUGAAGUUCCCUUUUCUAUUCUGAUCAUGUAAAUAAAGUGCUUGCUCACUCUUGUCAAUGACAUUGAAAAAUGCACCCUUCUAAAUAGUGAGAUGAUGAAAAAUGCAAAGUAGAUUAUAGCUAAGGAUAUUUUUUCCAAUUUAGAAAACCUAGUCCCUUUCCCUUGGUCUGUCAUUAAUAUCACCCGUCAGUCUAUUUAUUGACUCUACAUAGAAAGCUGAGUAUUGAGCUGAAAUUUCAAGAAAAAUCUUGUCUUGGCCAAGCUUAUAAGAGGAAUGCAGAUUUCUUUAAGGCUGUCUUUGAAUGGGAAGAGGACUGAGAGAGUGUCUGUCAAUGGGGCUGCAGUGGUUGGGAUCCAUCCAUUACCGGGCAAAAGACCUCCAAGACAAAUGGGUGCCUUCUCUGUAUUCCUAGAUCCUUACCCAGAGCCUGACACAGGGAGGACCACCUGGGCCUCAGUUUUCUUGUUUGCAUUAAUAAUAACUCACAGAGCGGCUGUGAGUACCAAAUGAGGCAGUGUCUGUGGGUGCACUUUGUAAACAGUAAAUUAUGUACUUAGUCUCUACAGUCAACACCAAUGCGUUUUGUGAAGUGUUUAAGGAGUAAAUGAGGUAAUGUAUUAAAAUCACAAGCACUUGAUCAACUGCAGAGCUAUGCAGGUAUGAAUUUUUUCACCUAGUUCUGUUCCUUCAUUUUAAAGAUAUAGUGACUUGCUAGUUAUUGUCAGCCGGAGAGCAAUACUGGGUCCCAGGCUGAGAGUCUUUGAUCCCUAACCUGUCGUUCACAAAUGUAAUAUUUUUUCUAGGUAGCUGAUAGAGAAGCUAAUGAUCUGGAGUGGGGAAAGGAAUGUGUAGGUGCACAGUUUACUCAUUACCUGUUGGAGAUGGUUAAAUUGGCAUUGAUAAUCAUUACUAUCAGGCAUGUCGGGAGGCUGGACUAACCAGGGACAUUGGCAUCUGGCUCUGGGCUAGGAUCCUCUGGUCUUGUUGGAUGAAGACAACCCUGCCUUUGUCUUCUUUGAUGAGCACACCACUGCCAAGUUAACGUUGCCUAGCAUUGUUUUGAAUUUUUACUGUAAUAGCAGGACACUCUAGUGUAGGGAUUUGACCUGCACUAUCUCACUUGUGCCUCAGCAUGACUCGUUGAGGCAGGCAUUAUUACCCUCAUUUAAUGAGCAAGGAAACUGAGGUGCAGAGAGAUUCAGAAACUUGCUCAACCUCACACAGCUAGUAGUAAAUGGUGGGACUGCAAUUCGGGCCAGAUCUGCCUGUCCCCAAUGCUUGUGAAUUUAUCCACCCCACUCUGAGUGGCCUCACUACCCCACCAUCAGGGCACACCCACAGAAAGGCAUCUUGAUGAAGCAGAAGUCUUUUUAGCACCAAUUGUUCUGACCUAUUUUCACAGGCCUGCUUGCAGAAUACUAGAGGCAUUUGUGGAAGGAUUUUCCCAUUUUCCUUAGAUGUUAAAAAGAAUCUGUGUUUUAUAAUCCCACCAAUCUCUUGAUCUAGCUUAGCCUAGGAUUAAUUGCAUUUAAAUUUGUAUUUUCUGGACCAAAUAAGCUUAUGUCCAUUGGAAAAUACCACAGGUAAUUGUGUUGCAUUGGAUGUUUCAGAGGGAGCAACAGAAGUUAUGAGUCUUCUAAUGGUAUUUUCACUAUCCAUCUGAAUGCUGAAAAUCAACAGAUAGGCCUGGUGUACCUUCUCUUUGGGGAUCUUUCUUUCCUUCUACCACCUAGAACAGCCUGUUUUCUCUUUGAGUUAUUUUUCUUUGUCAGACAGCAGUUUCUAUAGUAGAUUUAUAACUUUUUGAACUGAGCAAGAUGUUCUUUAAACAAACAGGGAAAAGGGUGAAAGAAAUGUGGCAUUGGAAAAGCUCUUCUGAGUGAUGGAAAGCGGAAAACUUCCAUUUGAAUGAAUAAUUAUUUGCCUGAACUUCCAGAUGUUCUUUAAAAUAUCCAAAAGCUGCUGACAGCCCAGAUCACAUGGAGGUUUCUCUGUUGAUCCACAGUGGCCUGGCAGUUACUCAUAAAGGCCCCAUACUGCUCAGCCUAAUGUAAUAAUCCCCUGAUAAGAAAAUACUGUUCAGCUGAUCAGAAUGGUGAUGUUUUAGGCUAACUCCUUUCCCACAGACACAGUCAAUCAGCUGAUAUUUAUGGAGAGCCCAUUAUGUGCUCAACAUCCUAAGUCUCAGUCUGUGUAGAAUUUAAACAUGAGGAUUGAAUUAGAAGGGCACAGACCAGAAUUCCCAGCAGAGAUUAAGGAGAGAUCAAUUAUCACUUUUACAGAGAGAUAAGACUUGCAGUUCCUCUAGUUAUGAAAGGGCGUUUACAAAAUGGGAAGGCAGGAAAUGGUGUGAUUUUUAGGGCCUGGAGGCAAUGGGUCGCCAGUGAAGAUUCCUGUAUUUGAUUGUACAAAACUGUUUGGAUGCCAAAGAGGGCUUAUAGUGAUGUUCAAGUGGUGAAUGGCAGUACUUGUCCAACAUCCCAUGGGUGAGGCUACAGGUAACUACCCAAAUGCUUCUCAUACCUGCAGCCAUACAUCAGUCCCUCCCACACACAAUACAGUGUGUAGGGCCCAGUGUGCGUGGCCAAGGCAGCGUAUGCGCAGCACCAUCUUCCAGCCAUCACUCAUUCCGGUGACUCACUCCUGCUGCUCCCUCUUGUCCUGCCUGUCCGUCUCCUGACUGCCUGGCAUUGUUGGGUGUUGGCUGAGCCUGUGAGCCCAGCCUGGUAUCUGCAACCCACCCCUCUUCACCUUCUCUUCCAUUCCGUCAUUUCCUAUAGUUCCCCAGCUAUGUGAAACCACCUCCUUCUUCUGGUCUCAAGGUAGGUGAGGCUAUGGUUCAUAUGAAGCCUGUACCUUUUGAUUAUACCAUAUGGGCUGUUAGGGUAAGCUUCAGAAUCCCCAGAGAGGGCAAGUUUCCUGCCCAGAGCUGCACAGCAUGCUCAGAUGGGGAGAAUAAUUCAGAUGCCUUUGGUAACAAGUAGUGUGGAGAUACAAAUGAGAUCCCCUCCCUCCUCUGAUAUCGAGCAUUCAGCACCUCUGGGACUUUCUGCUUGGGUGGUGACCCAGAAGUUGGGGACAAGACUUUAGUUCUCACAAUCAGCAAGACUGAUGAGUAGAGCCUCUUUGGGGGCCCAGUGUUGGAAAUGGCUUGUUUAGCAUCCAUUGAGUGACUAUCCCACAAUACCUUUUGCUUCAUUUUUAGCCCAAGAGCCUGAGCACAAAUCAGUCCUCCAUCUUUAUUUGCAUGUAACGGGUAGUUUGUCUUCUAAGACUUGGACACUUGUCACAAUGGAAUCCAAGUGACCUCCUGUUUCUACUCACAGCAUCUGAGCUUUUAGGUUAUUUGUAUAAGAGAUCUGACCUGAACAGCCCAGCCAAACAAUUCUUCAAGGAUAAUUAAUAUUCCCUGUCGAGAGCAACAAGUGAAAUAGGAUCAAGAUGAAUGCCAUGCUGGAGACCCCUGAGCUCCCGGCCGUGUUUGACGGAGUGAAGCUGGCCGCAGUGGCUGCCGUGCUGUAUGUGAUCGUCCGAUGUUUGAAUCUGAAGAGCCCCACAGCCCCACCCGAACUCUACUUCCAGGAUUCAGCGCUCUCCCGCUUUCUGCUCAAGUCCUGUCCGCUUCUGACCAAAGAAUACAUUCCACCAUUGAUCUGGGGGAAAAGUGGACACAUCCAGACAGCCUUGUAUGGGAAGAUGGGAAGGGUGAGGUCACCACACCCAUACGGACAACGGAAGUUCAUCACCAUGGCUGAUGGAGCCACUUCUACCUUCGACCUCUUUGAGCCGUUGGCGGAGCACUGCGUUGGAGAUGACGUCACCAUGGUCAUCUGCCCUGGAAUCGCCAAUCACAGUGAGAAGCAGUACAUCCGCACCUUCGUCGACUACGCCCAGAAAAAUGGCUAUCGGUGUGCCGUGUUGAACCACCUAGGUGCCCUGCCCAACAUUGAACUGACCUCGCCACGCAUGUUCACCUACGGCUGCACGUGGGAAUUUGGAGCCAUGGUAAACUACAUCAAGAAGACAUACCCCCUGACCCAGCUGGUAGUCGUGGGCUUUAGCCUGGGUGGUAACAUCGUGUGCAAAUACUUGGGGGAGACUCAAGCAAACCAAGAAAGGGUCCUGUGCUGCGUCAGCGUGUGCCAGGGAUACAGCGCGCUGAGGGCCCAGGAAACCUUCAUGCAGUGGGAUCAUUGCCGGAGGUUUUACAACUUCCUCAUGGCUGACAACAUGAAGAAAAUCAUCCUCUCGCACAGGCAAGCACUUUUUGGAGAUCGUGUUAAGAAACCCCGGUGCCUAGAGGACACAGACCUGAGCCGGCUCUACACAGCAACGUCCCUGAUGCAGAUCGAUGACAACGUGAUGAGGAAGUUUCAUGGCUAUAACUCCCUGAAGGAAUAUUAUGAAGAAGAAAGCUGCAUGAGGUACCUGCACAGGAUUUAUGUGCCUCUCAUGCUGGUUAAUGCAGCUGAUGACCCCUUGGUGCAUGAAAGUCUUCUAGCCAUUCCAAAAUCUCUUUCAGGGAAACGGGAGAACGUCAUGUUUGUGCUGCCACUGCAUGGGGGUCACCUGGGCUUCUUUGAGGGCUCCGUGCUAUUCCCUGAGCCCCUGACGUGGAUGGAUAAGCUGGUGGUGGAGUAUGCCAAUGCCAUUUGCCAGUGGGAGCGGAACAAGUCCCAGUGCUCCGACACAGAGCAGGUGGAGGCCGACCUGGAGUGAGGCCUCCAGACUCUAGUGUGCUCCAGCGGCCUCCUCUGAGACCCGCGCCCCACCCUCGCCAGCUGUGUCAGGUCCCCCAUCUCCCUCAGUGACCUGGAUCUGACCUCACACCAUCAGCAGGGGCCGCCCACCAGGCACACCUAUUCUUGGAGCAGGCAGCUCUUCCCAGGAGCUGCAGGCUCUUUUUGUGCUUAGGUUCCUGGUCUCCUCCAUUGCAUUUUUAGCCAUGGUGACAGGCGACAGGGUUCUCACCUACCUGUCCAGUGUCAGCAUUUGGUUGCUUUUCAACCAGUUAAGUCUAGUUUCCCCAUUAAAAAUGUGUCAGAACCAUAGUUUUGCUUUGCCAAUCAAAAGGCUUUUCCCCGAGAACAGUGUGGGGUGUACGUUAGUUUUGUGGUGGUUGUAUGUGCCCUUACGUAGAACCUGAAAAGAGCUCACUGGCCUAGCCCAGCGCCGACGAUGCAGCUCAGCAUUGGAGAUGCUGGCCUCCCAGGCCAGACUGUGACCUCUUAAAUGGCAAAGGAAAUUCCCUUGAGUCAUAAGGCAAGUUUUCUCCCUCACUAUCUUCUAAGACAGUUCCCCCACGCUUUCCUGGUGAUGAGAGUUUCCUGGGGCACUUGUGAAAAAUUCAGCCUCCCAGGUCCUUCCCUUUGGAGAGGCUGAUUCCAUGGGUCUAGGAAGGGGCCUGGGGAUUUUAAUUUUUGACCAGUGCCCCAGCUGAUUCUCAUCACCGGGCAAAUUUGGGAAACACUGUUCUACGAGGCCUUUAAAUUAGAAACAUCUUGGUAGCUCAUUUUAUUGAAUUGCAUCAUCAGAGGUGUCUCUUGGUUCCCAGAGGCCUCAAAAGCAGCGCGGCCUGCCACGUCACCACCCUUGUGUGAUGACUAUGUGAUGUCUUGGGAAGAGCCGUGAGCUGGGAGUGAAGAGUGUGGGCUGUGGCCCUAGCUCUGCUUCUCACUGGCUGCAUGAUCCUGGAAAAGUCCCUCUGGACUUUAGUUUCCCCCUCUGUAAAAUGGGGGCUGGGACCAGGUAGAUUGCCGAGAUCACUACUGGUUCUAAAGUUCAAUGACAAACUCAGUUUGCUGCAGUUUGAGAGAGCAUCCUUCCAGAGGAACGUGGAAACUCCCCCCGUCCAAGCGUGUAGCCUUGAUGUCAUCAUUUGCCUUUCUUUUUUGUCCUUCAUUCUAUAUAGAGGUUUUUCAGUUUGAUUUUUUUCUUUUAAAAAAAACAGUGGUUUGUAAUUUUUUUUUUUUUUUAACCCAGGUAUCGCUAACUCUGGAUUUGAUACCAAACAACUCAAAAGUUGGAUCUGAGUUUGGAGAAACAGAUUUCCAACUGAAGAGGGUAUUCUUUUAAAUCCAGACUUUUAGUUUAAUGUCCUGUAUUUGUAUACUGUUGGACAGAUCUUUCCAAACUGUGUCUUCUCAAAUCAAAAUGUAACUCUAGGCUUCGAGUACGCCUCUCCUCCAAUCCCGGGGUACUUGAAUAUCUCAAAACCCUGCACUUUGAAAAAUCCGCAGUUGCUAUCUGGAACUAAAUGGAAUUACAGGUGAAACUGCCUGGAUACUUUUAAAAAGAUUUUCCCUGCUUCAGCUCCUUUGGCUCCAGGACAGACAGGAAUAUAAUAGUGGGUCUGUGUGGAUGUUGAAGGGGUACAGGGAGCCACCUGAGCGCUUGAAUGCAGAGCCUCAUGGCUGCGGGUGGGUGUAGUUUGGACACUAGUCCAAGUGACUAUGACGGUAAUGUCUGUAACCUGAACAUGUGUUUCUGACAAUCACCAGAUCAUCCUGACUAUUGACAUCAGAAACAACCAUUUUUUAAAAGGAUUGAGGUUUCUGUGGUCUCAGCUUUGCUUUAGUAUAAUUUCUCACACUCCCCCAAAUUCUGUCAUUGUGACUUUUCCCCCAAGUUGUCAUUUCUCCAGAGCAUUUCCUUUUCAUGUUAUUUUAGCACAAAUUGGCACUUUAUCAUCUACCCCUCGAUUUGGAAGCUAGUCCCUCUCCUUUGUUACUUUUCCCUCCACCCAACUACAACUGUAAUCUAGAAGAUUCAGAGACAUCUCCUCCUACUGCCUUCAUGUCUCAAGACUCUUUGGGAGAUUAGGUGAACCAAGCAAUAACUUAAUAGGGUUGAAUCACCAUCACAGGAAGCAAGAAAGUUCUUUCAUUUCUUAGGCCCCAUCUCUUGACCUAUUCUGCCAAAUUAGUGGCCCCGGUCCUGGCUCCAUUCAGAGGAGAAAAGACAGUCCCGUGGUCACAUUCACAGAGUACAGGGGUGGGGUGCCCAGGAGCCUUUGCUCUUCGGAAGACUGGCUUUUGGAGAUCACAGUUCUCGUCUGCACAGCAGCUCUGGUGGCCUCCGUGGAGGCAAGGAGGGCUGGGGGCAUAGCCUUUGUUGCCACACAAGGAGAGUUUUGCCCACAGGAUCGUGGGGGCCGAGUCCCAGCUGAAAUCUUUUUAGCAUGUGACUCUGAAUGGCACUCACAUGGAAUCAACUGAAGCCUUUUGUUCAAGCUUCAGGCCCUCAGCAUGGAGAUGAGAAUGUGACUGUGGCUGUCUCACAGGAAAAUUCUUGUUUGCUCCUAAAAGGGAGCACAGAGGCCUUGAAUUCGCUGAGAUGCAAGCUGGCCUAAUAAACAGGGGAGCAGCAUUUUAUAUGUAGGUCAUCAUUUUCCUUCCUCCAGGUUUCCUUGCUCUUCUUCCCUGACUCAUUCAGUUCUGAUGAUAAUAUAAGUUCUCAUCUUACUAUUAAGAUCCUAUUUCGGCUAAAACAAGGCUGAAUUUUCAAAGAGUGUUUACACUGCAUUUUACGCAAAUAAAGUGCACCUUUUUCAUUUGUUUGCUAGUUCCCCCCCACCCCCACCCCCCGUAUUUUUCUAAGCGCUAUGCUUUUUUUUUUACAGCAACAUGUGGAAGAGGAUUGUCAUGGCAGCGCUUGUGAGGGUUCCUGGGGAGUGGGGCACUGCUGGCAAGCAGACACAUUUUAUUUGUGUAAAAAAUCUGGUAGAUAAUGUAUUUUAAAAUCUGAUUAAGGAUAUAAAUUGCAUAGACAAAGACAAUUCUGUUGCCUUGU